CCUUCACAUUGCGUGAGGAGGAUGAGCGAGGUCCACGACGCAGAGAGCAUCGGAAUGAUGGCUCGGCUGCUCAAGAUGAAACUGAAAUUAUCACCGAUGCGUACUUCAAAUUAUCGACUGUCCAGUGGUCGUGGCCAGAAGUACUGAAUCCCUGGCAGGCAGCAGCUGUCAGAGCGCUCACAUACCCUGCAAACCUCUGCAGCCCGUUUCAUCCGUUCAACGAGUCAUCAGAAGACGGUCUGGAGAUGUUCAUCGGCACUGAAAAGGACGGUUCGAGACGACUCCUCAUGUCGUUGAAGCAGAUGGAAUUUUUACAGUUGUAUAUCCAUGACAUGCGUCUGGCGGAUCCGAUAUGGUCAGCUCAUCUCGCCAAGAAGCAGACUGCUCAGCCUGGAGAUCUGGUCGAGGAUGACACCAACGUGGGACCUGCACAGUAUCCUGAAGGAGGGGAGUGGGUUCCGCUUCCAAAUAACUUCAUCCGGAGAGAAGACCUCACGUCACUGGAAACAAUCACAUUUGAAGAUGAGCGCGUGAUGAAGCGUGUAGAAUCCAAGCUUCGUCGACAGAAUCAGAAUAUCAAGAAACAGAGCCUCUUGCGAGAUACCAGCACCGCUACGACAGACUACGAUCGAGCUGUCAUCGACAACAAUACACCUGGACCUGGUCUCAAGCAUGGAGUCCAGAAGGCCCUGAACGUGCAAUCGAAUGAUCCCUCUAGGAAAGGAUGGGAGGAGGAUGAAAGGCUCAUUUCGGGUGAGAAGGGAGAUGCGGGAGAAGGGGUGGUGCAAACUGGCGGGGGAGGGUUUCCUCUGGUUCCAGCGGACGAAAUGAAGAAAGCAGAAGACAACCCGGACAAAGCAGUCGAGGGAAGCGACACUGCGUUGACCGCAGUGAAAGCGACCGACAUUCUCGCAGACAAUACAGGUUCUACCAAAGAAGAACCCAACACUGCAUAUUACCAUCUCGCUCAGCAAGCCUUGACCGUGGCAGCUCUUGGCGGCAUGUUUGAAGCACACAAAAAGCAAAAUCCGGAUCACCAUAUCGACACCGACCCGCUUGACACCCUGCCUCCCAUUGGCAAAGGGCUGUUUGUAUCUCUCCACGUCGUCACUUGGGAAGCGGAUGAAAAUGUUGUACUGGAAGUCGGGUGGUCGGGUAUAUGGUGGCAAACAAAGCCCGAAGGUGGCGACUGCGAAGAGAUGCGAGAUAGAGGUCACUACAUCGUUCAGGAUCACCUGCUUGGGAAGCGCAACGGCAUGUGGAAAUCAGACAUGCGACAAGGCUAUCUUUUCGGGGAUUCCCUGCCUGUGGCCGAAUCGGAGCUCGAUACAACGAUCAAGGCUUUACUUGCUGAUCUCGCAAAGAAGGCUGGAGGCGGCCCAACCUAUCUCAUCUUUCACGGCGAGCAAGGGCUUGAGAAGAUAGGCAUGAAGGAUAUGUACGACUCUCUCCAACCAAUGGAAUGGGAUUAUCCUGCUUUCUCCUGUGUGGACGGCAUCGGCAAGUAUUUCCUUAUCGAUACUUCAAAGCUGUUUGCAGCUAUCGAGCAACGCUAUCAUAAGCAGCUCGCCCAAUCUCCUCGCUCGCUCGAAGAGGUCGGUUGGAUCAUCUUUGGUCAGGAAAAGAAACGACAACCUGUUGGAUUCGGUAACGCGGGCAAUGAUGCCUUUUACAAUCUCGAAGUCUUGCUGUCGAUUCUUACAGGUCUGUCGCUCGAUGAAUUACGAAGAGACUUUGUGAGAUCUCAAAAGGAGGCGAUCAAAGCCGCUCGUGAGGCGGACUCCCCAAAGGCCCAGGGUGAAGGAUCGAAAUCCAUACACUCAAGCGCUGGCGAUACGACUCCUCUCAAUUCGCCCUCGGUCGGUCACACAGAGGACGACGAGACGGAUAGUGAAGAGGACAUGAUCAAAGGCGUCUACUUUGAGGACGAUGAGGGUGAACUAAUCGAACUGAAGGAGUGAUCCCUAGAGUGAAUCCUGAGAUAUAUCCUGCACUGUCUCUACCCCAGUGGACGAACAAAUGUGAAUAACGAUACUCUGUAGCAUGAUAGACCACACGAUCUGAGGAUGUACAUGUGACAUAAUAUGACGAUGCAUA